UUACGUAGGCAUUGAGUACAUUCUAUGUGUAUGUAAAAUAGUACUUACAGUAGUUUGCACGUCGUGUAAACUUAGAUCCUAAACUAACCUUACGAAACAUCUACCAGAUAUAUCAUCAUUAUCGCAAACCUAAGGAAUCAUGUUGUAUAACGGACUGUACGCCAAGUAAUAUGGAAUUUCUAAAAUGUGUGUUGUAAUGUGUAAAAUGUGGUAAGUGCUCGAAAGUCUAUUUAUUACGAAAAAUUAAAUUUUUAAAAUGAAAGUUUCAUUGAGAACAAUUCGGCGAUACACGGGAUAUGGAAAAGGAAAAUUAAGUAGGAACAUGUGCAUGUCGAGUAUCUGUCAUGGUAAUCAGCAAGGAGGAACGUAAAGGUGAAAUUAGGACAAAAGAGAAAGUUUUUAAACAUCAAUAAGCUGAGAAUGCUACAGUGGCCAAUAUGUGAAGGAAUUUCUUUCGUAUAAGAGUUCAUUCUGUUAAGGACUAGUGUACGUUUUGGAGUAGUGUAAAAAUGUCUAUCAAAAAGUCCGUUUUAACUAUUUUACAACGAAAAAAUGCGAUUUCGACCUUGUUGUGUAAAAAAUAUAAUUUAUAUUUGGUUAAUGCACCAUCGGUGUCAUUUGGUUGUAACAAAUUCAGCACCAAGGCUGCGACUAGUCAGAAACCAGACUGGAAUAGGGCAGUGUCAGAAGCGGAGAAAAUAGUUGGAUAUCCUACAUCCUUUCUAAGUCUCCGUUGGUUGUUAAGCGAUGAAAUAGCAAACGUUGCUCUUCAUUUACGAAAGCUUGUUGGCUCCAAUCAUCCUCUGCUUAAGACUGCCAAAAGUUUAAUAUACAACGGACGUAAUAAUAUGCAAGCUUGGGGACUUAUUGUUCUUCUUAUAUCAAAAGCUGCUGGGCAUUUAAAUGUCGAUGACAUGGAAGAGGAUAAAGCGGCUGGAGUUUUGCACAGUCAAAGGGCAUUGGCCGAAGUUACCGAAAUGAUUCGUACGAGUCACUUAGUUCAUAAAGGCUUAGUAAACAUACAACCUGGCUUAUAUCCAGAACCCUCGGAAUUAAAUGACAUGACGUUUGGUAACAAAAUUGCUUUAUUGAGCGGUGACUAUUUACUAGGAAACAGUGCUGCAGAAUUAGCAGCCCUUAGGAAUCAAGAUCUCGUAGAACUCAUGUCGAGUGCGGUAAGAGAUUUAGCGGAAGCAGAAUUCAUAGGCAGAAGGGACAGUCAGAAUAAUCCUUUACCAUCCGUGCCACCAGCAGACCGCACAAAUUAUGCAGUCACGGAAUGGACAUUACGAAAUGUAUUGAGUGCUGGUGCUCUUUUAGGAAAGUCAUGUAAAGGCACGUUAAAAUUAGCUGGCCACAAUGAAGAGAUACAGGAGCACGGUUAUAAUUUUGGAAAGCAUUUAGCUCUCGCUUGGCAAGCUUGCCUUGACCUUAGUCCAUUUAUUACUAAGGAUAGGAAUACGCCGUUUAAUGUGUGCUCAGCACCGGUGGUCUUUCACAUUGAACACGACCCGUCAAUUUUAAUGGAAAUUGACAAGGGCAUCGAAUCAGUUUUAAAUGUUGACUAUACCAAAGUUUAUGAUAUUGUUAUUAGUGGUCCUGGAAUAGAACUAACAAAGCAGUUACAACGAGAGCAUUCGCAGCGUGCAAUGGAAGUGCUGAGUGUCUUCCAAGAGAGCGAUGCACGCACAGCGUUAUCUAACAUCAUAGCCGCAAUGGGGGAUUUUUAAAUAUAAUAAUAAAUAAUUGCACUUAUUAAUGGUAGAUGAAUUACCAAAAAUAUUCU